AUGACGAAUCUUUGGAGAGUGCAUGAACUGGUUGAUCCAUUCUUUCAUAUAUGUCAACGGAAGUACAUCCUUGAUCUUCUAGAGGAGACCAGGAGACCAGCAGAUACUCCAAUAGAACAGAUUCAUUGUCUACAGGAAUCAGUGGGAGAUGACUACCUUGAUAAAGAGAGAUACCAAAAACUGGUAGGGAAAUUGAUAUAUUUGUCUCUCACUCGACUAGAUAUUGCUUAUGCUGUACAUGUUGUCAACCAGUUCAUGCACUCUCCAAAGAUUCGUCAUAUGAGAGCAGCGGAAAGGAUUCUUAGGAAGUCUACUUCUGGGUAUUGCACGUUCGUUGGAGGGAAUUUGGUUACAUGGCGAAGUAAAAAGCAGAAUGUAGUUGCUAGAUCAAGUGCAGAGAUUGCAGAUGUGCUAACAAAAGGACUAGCUUCAAUGAAAUUCUUAGACUUACUUGGCAAGAUAAACAUGACUGACAUCCAUGCUUAG